AUGGAGAAAUUGAUACCUCUCAUCAGUCGUUUGCAUAGUGUUUUAUCGUGGACUGGUGACAACAGCAUCGACCUGCCUGCCAUUGCCGUAAUUGGGGCUCAAUCGGUCGGAAAAUCCUCAGUUUUAGAGGCCAUUGUUGGAUUCCCCUUCUUGCCGAAGGGUUAUGGCAUCGUUACCCAAAGACCGCUAAUCCUCCGGCUGUGCCACGAUAGGGGAUCUAAGGACGUGGGCGAGUUCGCGCACAAGCGGGGUGUGAUUUACGACGACUUCCAGAAGAUAAAGGAGGAGAUUCGUCUUGAGACGGAGAGGAUUACCGGGGCCACGAAGAACGUGUCCUCGGUGCCCAUCUUUUUGAAAAUUACCUCUCCGAAGGUCAUCGAUUUAACCCUCAUUGACCUGCCGGGAAUCACCAAGGUGCCCGUUGGCGACCAGACCAACGACAUCGAGAUGCAGAUUCGCCAGAUGAUUCUGGAGUACAUCACCAAGCCCACCUGCAUCAUCCUCGCGCUCUCGGCAGCCAACACUGACAUCGCCACGUCCGACAGCUUAAAGAUGGCCCGCGAGGUCGACCCUUCGGGCCUGAGGACCAUCGGCGUCAUCACCAAGUGCGACAUGCUCGACAAGGGCGUGGACGCCAUCGAGCUGCUCCAGGGGAAGAUCUACAAGCUUCGCAAGGGGUACGUCGGCGUCGUUUGCCGUGACAAGGACGGGAACCCUGACUCUCCUCACGACCACAACGACGAGGAGGAGUUCUUCAAGAACCACCCUUCCUACUCUUCUAUCGCUAAAAAAUGCGGCGUCAAGUACCUGACCUCGCUGCUGAAUGAGAUGCUCACUUCGCACAUCAAGGACAUGCUUCCCUACGUGAAGUCGAAGAUACUCACCAUCUUACAUGAAUACGAGACUGAGCUGGCAGGUACGUUGCUUCAUCCUCACCCUAGUUCAGUUUACGGGGUCACCGACAUCACCAGCACUCCGGGCGCCUGCCUCUUGCACUUCUUCAGCAAGUUUUCUCAGAGGUUCAAGGACACUAUCGACGGCAAGAUCGUUCCCAUGCACCACACUUCGCGUCUCUACGGUGGUGCCAGGAUCUACUUCAUCUUUAACGACAGUUACUUGAAAACGUUAAACGCGUUCAGCCCUCUCACUGGCCUUUCCGACAUUGAGAUCAGGACAGCCAUAAGGAACUCAACAGGUCCCUACUCAGCGCUAUUUGUGCCAGAAAUCGCUUUCGAGAACCUAGUUAAGAAGCAGAUUAAGUUACUAGAGUGCCCAUCGCUCCAGUGUGUCGAUCAGGUCUACGAUGAGCUACAAAACAUCCUCGAGAACUGCGAGGUUCCUGAAAUAAAUCGCUACAUGAACAUGAGGAACAAAAUUUUAGCGGUGGUCAAGGACCUGCUUAAAGAGUGCUUGGAACCGACCAAGGACAUUAUCAGGAACCUCAUCAAGAUCGAGCUUGCUUACAUCAACACCAACCACCCUGAUUUUUUAAGGAAUGCAGCUCUGGCUGAGAUUUACAACAGCACUGGCAUCACCCACCGGCACGAGACCCAGAACCCCUUCAUAAACCCAGCCAAUCACCUUCUCAAGUUCGACGCCACUCCCAAUCUACUCUUCCAAUCGAACGCAGAAUUCUCUCCGAAACCCUUGACCGGUAAAAAUUUUGAAGCCUCUCCAAAAACGGUGCUUCACAACAACAAGGUCCUUAUUGAGAAGGCCAAGGAAAACUCGAACGCCAUCUGGCUUCCCAACAUUCCUAAGGUUGUGAUGCUGAACAAUGACCCUUCGGAGCGCGAAGUGGUUGAAACUGAGCUGAUAAAGACCCUGAUAAGCAGCUACUUUUCAAUAGUCAGAAAAAACGUAGCCGACGCGGUACCGAAGUGCAUUAUGCACUUUAUGGUCAACAAAGCCACGGAAUCCUUGCAACAGGAGCUGAUUGCCAAGUUGUACAAGAAGGAGCUCUACGACGAGCUCAUGGCGGAAUCCAAGUGCGUCAUUGAAAAGCGCGAAAAGUGUAUCCACGUCGUCAAGUGCUUGAAGGAAGCCCUGGCAAACAUUGAGGAAAUGUCGGAAUAUAAGCUGUUUAAUUAG